CCAAAACUAUAACCCAACAGCACGCAAGCGGGUAAGUGUACGGAGAUCUUUCUUCGCAUUGACCUGUUUGGCCUAACUUGUCGAAUACAAAUUUCCAAGCUGCUGGAUUGAUCCAAAAUGGAGCUCCAUGCCGUAUUGAGAAUAAGUUUCUAUACACUCUUCGUCGUAAUCUCUACAGUUGGUACUGCCUUCGUUGUGUUUGCGGGACUCUUGUACCGCUUCAACAGGAAAUAUGGACAUUUGCCUUGCCCAAGACCGUCAAGUUUCGUCACUGGUAAUUUGUCUCACGUUAACGCUAUUAGAAAGAAAUUGGAAUUUUCUCUGCUGGCACUCUUGUACCAAUGGUCGAGGGAACUUGGACCAGUCUAUUGUAUCCGAUUUAUCUUACGACCAUUGGUAAUAUGCUCCAGUCCUAAAACGGUGAAGGAGGUUUGCCUUGACAGCCGGCAUCUCAAACCUCAUCUUACCUAUGAUUUCUUCUACUCUGUCUUUGGCGAGAGAUUUAUGGGCAACGGACUGGUUUCACAAACUGAUCACGAGAAAUGGCAUAGUCGUCGAGCUUUGCUGAACCCCGCCUUUAAUCGCAAGUAUCUGAUGCAAAUGAUGGAUCUUUUCAACGACAGUGCGACACGUUUGCGUGAUCACCUAGUCCCCCUUGCUGACGGCAAAACUCUAAUUAGAAUGCUAGAUCAUUUCAACAAUGUCACCUUGGAUGUUAUUGCUAAGGUCGGAUUUAACAUGGAUACAAACGCAGUGGAGACGCCAGAUUGCCCAUUUCCAUCGGCCGUGUCACUCGCUCUUGAAGCGAUGGAUGUUAUAUUUAAAAACCCACUGAUCAUGGUGGAUGCUCGCAGCAAGGCUCGUGAUUAUCGCCGCUCGGUGCGCAGCGCCAUUAAACUGGUACGAAGAUAUGGCCAGGAAUGUAUUGAAAAGAGAAGAGAGGCAAAGAAGAGAGGCGAAGAGUUGCCGAAGGACAUCCUGACAUGUAUUCUGAAAUUGGAAGAUGAUCUUGGGAAUGGUCAGAAUAUUGAAAUUGCAGAACUGCUCGACGAGCUUGGAACGUUUUUUGUGGCAGGUCAAGAAACAACGAGCAAUCUUCUAGCAUUUACCAUACUUGAGCUCGGGAGACAUGAAGGAGUGGCUAAGAGGUUAAAAGAAGAAGUGGAUGAAGUCAUUGGGAAUAAACCAGUUAUUGACUACUCAGACCUCCCCAAAUUGGAAUAUAUGUCUCGGGUCAUUAAAGAAACACUGCGCCUUAACCCUCCUGUUACUGGAACAAUGCGGGCUCUAGCUUGUGACGUCAAUAGUUGUGGUUAUGUCAUUCCAAAAGGAUCACCUACAGUUUUCAGUACUUAUCUGACAUCACGAAUGGAAGAAUAUUUUGAUGACCCUCUCCUCUUCAACCCCGAUAGAUUUAUUCCAAGUGAUGAACUUCCACGACACCUCUUUGCCUACUUUCCUUUCUCUAUUGGUCAACGCAAUUGUAUCGGACAGCAAUUAGCUCUGAUCGAAUCAAAAGUGAUCAUGGCAAAGCUGCUGCAAAGCUUCGAUUUUAGAUUGGAACAGUCCCAACGCCACAUCAUCCUGGCGAAUGUCUCCAACAAACCUUUGGACAGAUGUAUGACCUACAUCAGCCUCCGAGACUAAACUCGGCGUUUAGAUUUCUUUACGCAAUCUCCCAAACCUGGGAGCCGUUUCCUGUUAAAAAGUGUUAGUAAGUUACGAGCGACUUCAAGAACCACUGGUGACCCUUCCUUGUGGUAAAUGAUGUACACCAAAAUGCUAAUUGGCAAUGGUUUAGCGCUUGAGAAAGGAUCACCAAUCGUUCUUGAAGUCACUCUGAACUUGCGAACAGCUUAAUGAAACGGCUUCUUGGUGGGUGAUUCGUGAAGUUGUUCUUAAAGUUACACACUACUUGACGCACGACUGGAACAUGUUCUUAGAGACAAGG